GAGGGGGUGUGUGGGGGGGACGGAACGCGGAGCAUCUCUCGCGGGCGCCGCUGUCGCCGUGAGGCGCCGCUCCCGACCCCGCUCCUCCCGCUCGCCGUGUGCGCGCCCUCCGCCGCCGACCGGCCCUCGUCCCCCCCUCCCGCCAUGUCGUCCCCGUCGUCCGGGGAGCGGUACGAGGAGGAGGAGGAGGAGGACGGCGCCUACGAGAGCCAGGCCAAGCGGCUGAAGCCCAGCGCCACCGCCGCCGCGGCCGCCGCCGAGGAAGGGGAGAUCGAGUACAGUGGAGCCGAGGAGGGCGAGAGCCGGCGGGACAAGGCCCCCCCGCCGCGGGGGGGCGGCUUCUCGGGCGGGGAUGCAGGGGGAAGUCAUCACAAAGUCUCUGUUUCUCCUGUCGUCCAUGUCCGAGGGCUGUGUGAAUCUGUUGUGGAAGCAGAUCUUGUGGAAGCUCUUGAAAAGUUUGGAACCAUAUGUUACGUCAUGAUGAUGCCAUUUAAGCGCCAGGCUCUGGUGGAGUUUGAAAACAUAGAAAGCGCCAAGAAAUGUGUAACGUUUGCAGCAGAUGAACCUGUAUACAUUGCUGGACAGCAAGCCUUUUUCAACUAUUCGACAAGUAAGAGGAUUACUCGGCCAGGGAACACAGAUGAUCCAUCUGGUGGAAAUAAAGUUCUCCUGUUGUCAAUUCAGAAUCCUCUCUACCCAAUUACAGUGGAUGUCUUGUAUACUGUGUGCAACCCUGUUGGGAAAGUUCAGCGCAUUGUGAUAUUCAAGAGGAAUGGAAUACAAGCUAUGGUUGAGUUUGAAUCAGUUUUUUGUGCCCAGAAGGCAAAGGCAGCACUCAAUGGAGCAGAUAUCUAUGCAGGAUGCUGUACACUAAAAAUUGAAUAUGCAAGGCCAACUCGACUUAAUGUCAUUAGAAACGACAACGAUAGUUGGGACUACACUAAACCGUAUCUGGGCCGACGAGACAGAGGGAAGGGCCGCCAGAGGCAAGCUAUUUUGGGAGAGCACCCAUCGUCAUUUAGACAUGAUGGUUAUGGGUCACAUGGUCCCUUGUUGCCAUUACCAAGCCGCUACCGAAUGGGAUCUCGAGACACUCCAGAGCUUGUUGCUUAUCCAUUGCCCCAGGCGUCCUCCUCAUACAUGCACGGUGGAAAUCCUUCUGGGUCAGUUGUCAUGGUUAGUGGAUUGCAUCAGCUAAAGAUGAACUGUUCAAGGGUCUUCAACCUGUUCUGCUUGUAUGGAAACAUUGAGAAGGUGAAAUUUAUGAAGACUAUUCCAGGCACAGCACUGGUUGAAAUGGGUGAUGAGUAUGCUGUAGAAAGAGCUGUCACACAUCUCAACAAUGUCAAGUUAUUUGGAAAGAGACUUAAUGUCUGUGUUUCCAAGCAGCAUUCAGUAGUUCCAAGCCAGAUAUUUGAGCUGGAGGAUGGCACGAGUAGUUACAAAGAUUUUGCAAUGAGUAAGAAUAAUCGUUUCACCAGUGCUGGUCAAGCAUCUAAAAACAUCAUCCAACCACCCUCUUGUGUGCUGCAUUAUUAUAAUGUUCCCCUGUGCGUAACUGAAGAAACGUUUGUGAAGCUAUGUGAGGAUCAUGAAGUUCUCAGCUUUAUUAAAUACAAAGUGUUCGAUCCAAAACCCUCUGCCAAAACACUCUCUGGUCUGUUGGAAUGGGAAUGUAAGACAGAUGCAGUUGAAGCUCUCACUGUACUUAAUCACUACCAGAUAAGAGUCCCAAAUGGCUCUAACCCUUAUACCUUGAAGCUUUGCUUCUCUACUUCAUCGCAUUUAUAGAGAAGAGGACUGCAUGUUAAGAGCUACAUUCACCUUGAUUUGCAAGUUUGAAACUACACUUCGUUCACAAAGCUCUAAAGUGGUUGCUCUAAUGUUGCCUUGUUUCAACUUAAUUCUAAUAUCUUUUAUCUUGUUUUAUAAUAAAUGGAUGUUCCUUCAUAAAA